GUAAACCAGAGCAGCUCACAAGGGGGAGUCACCUUUUUAUAGACUCAUUGAGGAUCAGAAUCUCUCCAGACGUCCAUAGAUUUUGAGGAGACAGGAGUAGCCAACAUUUGUGGAUAACCUUUGAUUUAUCCCUAAGCCACAGGACGGGGAUAACUGGAUGCUUUGUUUUCAUGCUUUUCUCUCUCACUGUUUAUAAGGCACAGAUGAACAAGCAGCUGAUGCAGAGGGCUGCCCUCUGCAUCAGACAACUUGGAGAGUGAGGACCCGAAGGCAUCUUGAAAUAGAAAUUCAAAAGAGGAGGAGGAGAGAAAGGAGGAGAGAGAGGAGGAGGUUUUUAAGAGUGCGAGCAUUGGUAUGCCAGGCUCAAAAGCUAGCAUGGCUGUGCAGGAGAAACACAGUGACAUCCCUCCAUCGCAGGGACCACUUUCUACACGUACCGCCAACAGCCAGAAGAAGAAGAAUGGAUUUGAAAGAUCAGGAGACAAUGGUGGUUAUAUCGAACCAAAUUCACAGGCAAAGAAAACAGCCUGUUCUGUCAACAAGGCUGCCCAAAUCCGCAACACAGCCACUACACGGGCCACUGCAGUGACUACAAAGUAUCAUCUUGGCGUUCUAGUGGCUAAUGGACCAAAUAUUGAUGAGAGGCUGAAAGCAGCACGGGAGAGAAGACAAGAGCACCAGAAGUUAAUCGCCUCUCGGGAGCAGGGCAGAUUGGAGCGGGAGCAGCGGGCCAGGCAGUACUACGAACAACAACUGCAGGAGCGCAGGAAGAAACUCCUGGACCAGAGGCUCAAAGAGGAGAGGAAACGUACUGCUGUGGAGGAGAAGCGCAAGCAGAGACAGAAGGAGGAGAAAGAACGAUAUGAAUCUGCAGUGCGUAAGACAGUGGAGAAGAGUCAAAGGGCCCAACACAGCCUCGGUCAGACCUCAAGAGGAAGGAAACUCACCAAGAACGUACCACGUCGCUUGCCUCUGACAACAUGGGAGAAGAACUUGGUCAGUCGCCUGCUUACCCCCACGUGCUCUUAUCUGGCCAGGAGCAAGAGUGCUGGCUGUCAGUCCGGAGAAGAAGUUGUCCAUGUUUGUCGCCGUGCAGUUUCAUUCCACUCCAUGAAUUCCACCACCACUGCCCCUCACAAACCCCAGCACCACUCUGGUUCAGUCCACCACAUGCCAUCCGCCUCCCCGAGUCCCAACAACAAGCAGCACAGAAGCAUCAAUACGGCACAGAUCAAAGCAGCAAGACAGCAAGACGCUCAUAAGAAGAACUCAAAUACUAGAUCACCUGCCGUCAACACCAGUGUGAAAACAGCCAAAGUCAAACAGAGCAGAACAACUUCCCCCUCACCUGAACGGACCCCCCGAAGGUCAAUCAGCAGACACUCAACCCCGCUGCAGCUCGAACUCCCAUCUGUCCCUGAGGAAGAUGUUACCGUUGGUAGUUCAGCCCUCUCCCCUGGUAACUCAAGGCCUGUCAGGACUCCGGCUCAAGGUCAGCGAGAGAAAAUCAGGGAUGAAAAUCCACCAGAGGCUCUGUGUUUGAACCUACCCGACAAAGAGACAGCAGAUCAUGGAAGUCCUCCCCAAACGCCUCUUGAGCCAGCCCCACAGACUCCUAAAGUCAUGUGUAGAACUUCAGCCGGGACUACAGACCCAGGGGAGGCCUCACGUCUCCUGGCUGAAAAAAGGAGAGAGGCCCGACUACAACGUGAGGGAGAGGAGCAAGAGCGCCUGCAAAGAGAAGAGGCCGAAAGGCGGAGUCGUGAGGAGCUGGAGCGCAAGAGGGCAGAGGAGCGAGCACGACAGCAGGCCGAGGCUCAGCGUCUCAUAGAGGAGAAGAUGAGGAGGGAGGAAGAGGAGCAGAGACAGGCCGAAGAAGAAAGAGCUCAGGCUAUGAGGGAAGCCGCUCUUCUGCAGAAACAGCGAGAGGAGGAACAGGCCAACGAGAGGGCAAAAGCAGAGCAGAUGAAACAAGAGCGAGAAAUAUUUGCACAGAAAGAGGAGGCAGCUCGUCAAGCAAGAAAAAAGCGACUUGAGGAGAUCAUGCGGAGAACCAGAAGGACAGAUUCUCCAGAUACGACAUCUGUUCCAGCGAGUAUUUUGCCAAAUGAAGCCCAACCAAAGGAAAACACAGAGCCUGUGUGCAACGGCACUAUAGAAGUUGCCGUCAAGCUGGCAGUGGGGGCGAAGACCUCCCAGCUGGUGCUGAACAAUGAGGAGGACAUGGUACCUGUUGUGGCCUUCAAAGAACGCAGGUCCCUCAGGACUCUCACAGGCCUGGAGGAAAUCCAGAGCCACCAACGAGCAGAGGUCAUCUGAGAACCUGCAGACAUGGGCUCAAAGACUCUGUUGGAGAGCUGUGAUUUCUCUGCGAUACACAGGAGUCACACUGCAGUACAGCCAUUUUGCUGCCCUUCGGCACCUUCUACGAGCAUGUAAGAGUACAGCCUUGCCUCUCACUGAGGACGUCAGCAUUCGGUCACUUUUCUGUGUGUAAACCGUGGCACAAACAUUGGGCAAGUUCUUUAUUGCUUUCCUUAGUACAGCAGGUUUCUGAACUAAUAAUGAAGAUCCAAAAACCAGUAGAUGUAGACAGUGGUAAUGAUAGUUUGCUGGCGAGUGUUGCCUCUGGGAAAUACUAGGAAUAGCCAUUCUAACAAUCCCAACGUGUGUUAGCCAUGCUUUUUUGCUUAUUCCUGAUAUUUCUUGCAAUCCGAGCACUUUCCCUUCCUCGGUUUUGUCACGGUGGAAUUAGAAUAGCUCAAGUGGCUGUUUGCGCAAAGAACAGAAGACUAUAGGUUUGUUGGAUAAAGUUCAUGUAAAUUCCUAUCUUUCCCUUUGAUUUUGUGAAGUAUAGCAAUCACAUAUUUCAAAGCUGCUAAGGAACUUAGUUUCCAAAGACUUUGCUUCAGUUUUGUGGGUGUUGUUUUAGAGAAUACGAUGCACAAAACAUUUAUUGCACUGACAGUUGCUUUGUUUGAUUCAUUAUAUCACUCAAAGCAAAGUUUCAGGCGUAGAGGUUAAAAGAGUUUAUUAUAAUAAAAGCAUAUAAAAACAAAUGUAUCUGAUCAUCAAUAUUUGAUCCUAUAGUUUAAGGAUUGCUCAUAACUAUCACUUGUGAACCUGUUAAAAAGUUGAACUAUACGCCAUAUUUCAUUAAAGUUGAGACUAUGCCGCA